CGAGUACUGCCCUCCCUCCUUCCCUCGGCGGAGCAAAGCGAUCGUGGAAGACGAUCGAGAAAGUGAGAGCGAGUCACCCGGAGCAACGCUGCCGAACUUGGACACAGAGAUCCUGCCAUCCGGCAGAGACACUCGCAUACACGCACAUACAGUCAGUGCGGGGGCCGACAGAAGCUCUAUCUUGUUUGAUCCCCGCCUCUCCCCGCCGGAGACAGACCUGCUCGUCUCCGUUAUUUCCCCACAACGAGAAAGCACAAGAAUCAGCGGCAGGAACUUAGACAGCAAGCCCAUCCAGCUGGGAGAGGAUUCCUUUGGGCUGUUUCAACAUUUCUUGCAGAAAUGGACGGUUUCGACGGCAGUUUGGAUGACAGUAUCUCGGGAGUGAGUGCCUCCGAUGUGCAGGACCGCCUCUCUUCGCUGGAGCUGCGUGUUCAGCAGCAGGAGGAUGAGAUCACGGUGCUCAGGGCAGCUCUGGCCGAUGUACUGCGUCGCCUGGCUCUCUCUGAGGACCAGGCCGCCACCAUGAAGAAGAUGCAGCCUGGCAAAGGUCAGCCAGCUCUCAGAGAAGCCUACUCCAUGUCCUGUAUAGCCAAUGGCAGCAGCAGCAGCUCCAGCCGCAAGCCCAGCCACAGCCCCUCCGUGUCCAUCGCCAGGAAAGAAACGCUCGCCUCCGCUGCUAAAAGCGGCACAGAGAAAAAGAAGGAGAAGCCGGUGCACCUGGGAGAGAUUAAGGAGUCUAACGAGGAGCCGCAGGCUAAUGAUAAAGCUCUGGCCAGCCCGCCCGACCAGCCAGCCCCACCAAACCAGGCAGCAUCCCCCUCCCCACACCCCCCCCAAACACAAAGGCACACCCAAGAAAACAAGAGCUCAGCUCCAGCCAAAAGGGGUCACAAUGUGAAGCGAGGCUCGGGGAUGGAGCGAUCGCAGAGUAGCCCCUGGGAGAGCUCGGACGACAGCCGCAGCAAGCUGGUCAAGACAGCCUCCACCUCCAAGCUGGUCAAGGCAGCCUCCACCUCCAAGCUCCUCUCCAAAGUGGUCAAGAAUGCAGAGAAACACAAGGAUCCAGUUAUCAGCCAAGCAAAAAUGUCAACUCGAGAGAAAAACAGCCAAGAGGGAGACUACAUCAAGAUGUUCAUGAGGGGCCGGCCCAUCACCAUGUUCAUUCCUUCAGACGUGGAGAACUACGAGGACACCCGGACAGAGCUGCCUUCCGAGAAACUCAAAUUGGAGUGGGUCUAUGGGUACCGCGGGAGAGACUGCCGAGCGAACGUGUCCCUGCUGCCGACGGGUGAGCUUGUGUAUUUCAUUGCCUCCGUCGUGGUGCUCUUCAACUCCGAGGAGAGGACACAGAGGCACUACCUCGGCCACACCGACUGCGUCAAAUGCCUUGCCAUUCACCCAGACAAAAUCCGAAUCGCAACGGGGCAGAUCGCCGGGGUAGAUAAGGAUGGAAGGCCCCUCCAGCCUCACGUGCGGGUCUGGGACUCUGUCAGCCUCUCCACCCUGCAGAUCAUCGGAAUGGGCACCUUCGAGAGAGGGGUCGGCUCGCUGGCCUUCUCCAAGGCUGAUUCAGGGAUCCACUUGUGUGUGAUCGAUGACUCCAACGAGCACAUGAUGACGGUGUGGGACUGGCAGAAGAAAUCCAAGAUUGCAGAGAUCAAGACCACCAAUGAAGUUGUGCUGGUGGUGGAGUUCCAUCCCACGGAUACCAACACGAUAGUGACCUGCGGAAAGUCACACAUCUUCUUCUGGACGUGGAGCGGCACCUCCCUGGCACGCAAGCAGGGAAUCUUCGGGAAAUACGAGAAGCCCAAGUUUAUCCAGUGUUUGGCCUUCCUGAAUAACGGCGAUAUCCUGACUGGUGACUCUGGGGGGAUCAUACUGAUCUGGAGCAAAUGCACAGUGGAGUCCACGGCAGGGAAGGGGCCAAAAGGUGUCUAUCAGAUCAGCCGGCAGAUUAAAGCACAUGACGGCAGCCUCUUCACUCUGUGUCGUAUGAGGAACGGAACGCUGCUGACCGGAGGAGGCAAGGACCGCAAAAUCAUUCUCUGGGAUCACGACCUGCACCCUGAACGGGAUAUUGAGGUUCCCGACCAAUAUGGAACCAUCCGAGCUGUGGCAGAAGGAAAGGGGGAAGAGGUUUUGGUGGGUACGUCCCGCAACUUUAUUCUAAGGGGGACGUUUAAUGACGGAUUCCGGGUAGAAGUGCAGGGUCACACAGAUGAGCUCUGGGGCCUGGCGUCCCACCCCUUCAGGGAUUUGUUCCUGACCUGCGCCCAGGACAGACAAGUCUGUUUGUGGAGCUCCAGGGACCACACGCUCCAGUGGACCAGGCUUUUAGAUGAACCCGGACACUGUGCUGAAUUCCAUCCCAGUGGUGUGGUUGUGGCGAUCGGAACACACUCAGGAAAGUGGUACGUUCUGGACGCGGAGAGCAGAGACCUGGUGGGGGUUCACACAGAUGGGAACGAGCAGCUCUCAGUGAUGCGCUACUCCAUAGAUGGCUCCCUCCUGGCAGUGGGUUCCCAUGACAGCUUCAUUUACCUCUACACUGUGUCUGAAAAUGGCAGGAAGUACAGCAGGUCGGGAAAGUGCACUGGACAUUCCAGCUACAUCACACACCUGGACUGGUCUCCUGAUAACAAGUUCAUCAUGUCCAACUCCGGAGACUAUGAAAUCCUUUACUGGGACAUUCCAAAUGGCUGCAAACUGAUCAGGAAUCGUUCUGAGUGCAAGGACAUCAACUGGGCUACCUACACUUGUGUGCUGGGCUUCCACGUGUUCGGAGUGUGGCCCGAGGGCUCGGACGGCACGGACAUCAAUGCCCUGGUCAGGUCUCACAACAGGAAGGUCAUCGCUCUGGCUGACGAUUUCUGCAAAGUCCAUCUGUUCCAAUACCCCUGCUCCAGACCCAAGGCCCCGAGCUACAAGUACAGCGCUCACAGCAGCCACGUGACGAACGUGAGCUUUGUCCACAGUGACAGCCACCUGAUCUCCACGGGGGGGAAGGACACAAGCAUCAUGCAGUGGCGUCUCAUCGAGAAGAACGUCAUCUCAGGGGAGGCGACCGGGAACACAGCCUUCCGCGGAGCAGCGACCACAGCGACCAGCCAUACCACAGCAACACCGCUGUCCUCCGCUGCCACCCCCACCAGAGCAACACCACCACCCUCCGCUGCCACCCCACACCCACCCCCACCGAGAGCUGAGACCGAACUCCAGACCAUCACCUCACUAAAGGGACCCUGA